GGUCUGCCCCCAGAGAAAGCGGAAGAGCGCGUUAGCGCGCGCUUCACAAAGUCCGGGUAGUUUGAGGGACUGGGUGGUGUGCCUAAAGGCUAUGGAGUGCGGGAGGGUCGAGACAGAGUGAAAGGGAAGAAGGGUUGAGGGAGCAGGGCCUGCGCGGAGUGGAGAAAUUAAAUAAAACUGCGGGCCUUAAAUUAAGAGGCUAGGAUUUGGUGGGUGAGCCCUUGAGAGGCGUGGUCUUUGGGGCGAGGUCUUUUGACAGGUAGAGCCCCUUCCGAGUGAGCCGGCCCAUCGCGGGGCGGGGCCUGGCUGGAAAUGUCAGUCAUCUCCCUUCUGCCGGGUAGCAUGAGGCAUCGCACUCUAGCCUCCUUCCCGGCCCUAUGGGCCUCCAUCCCCUGUCCACGCUCUGAACUACGCCUGGACCUGGUUCUGGCUUCUGGACAGUCUUUCCGGUGGAGGGAGCAAAGCCCUGCGCACUGGAGUGGCGUGCUGGCCGACCAGGUAUGGACCCUGACCCAGAAUGAGGAGCAUCUUUACUGCACUGUGUACCGAGGGGACAAGGGCAGGGUUGGCAGGCCCACACGGGAAGAGCUAAAGGCCGUGCGACAGUACUUCCAGCUGGAUGUCAGCCUUGCUCCACUGUAUCAACAUUGGAGUUCUGUGGACCCCCACUUUCAAGAGGUGGCUCAGAAAUUCAAGGGUGUGCGACUCCUGCAACUGGACCCCAUUGAAUGCCUUUUCUCCUUCAUCUGUUCCUCCAACAACAACAUUGCCCGCAUCACUGGCAUGGUGGAACGGCUCUGCCAGACCUUUGGACCUCGGCUCAUCCAGCUUGAUGAUGUCACCUACCAUGGCUUCCCCAGCUUGCAGGCCCUGGCUGGGCCAGAGGUGGAAGCUGAGCUCAGGAAUCUGGGCCUGGGGUACCGUGCCCGCUUUGUGAGUGCCAGUGCCCGAGCCAUCCUGGAAGAACGUGGUGGACUUCCCUGGCUGCAGCAGCUGCGCAAGGCCCCCUAUGAGGAGGCCCACAAGGCCCUCUGCACUCUGCCUGGAGUAGGCACCAAGGUGGCCGACUGCAUCUGCCUGAUGGCGCUAGACAAACCCCAGGCUGUGCCCGUGGAUGUCCACGUGUGGCAGAUUGCCCAACGUGACUACAGCUGGCACCCAACCACCAGCCAGGCCAAGGGCCCGAGCCCCCAGGCCAACAAGGAACUGGAACCAUGAAGAACAUCAGCAUCACCUGGUAGCUUUCCAGAACUGUGGAAUCUUGGGCCCCACCUUAGACCUACUAAAAUCAGAAGCGGCAUUUUAACCAGAUCCAAUACUUAGGCCACCUGAUGGGAAGAGCCAACUCACUGGAGAAGACCCUGAUGCUGGGAAGGAUUGAAGGCAAAAGGAGAAAGGGGCAGGAGAGGAUGAGAUGGUUCAACAACAUCACCAACUCAAUGGAGAUGAAUUUGAGCAAACUCCAGGAGAUAGUGGAGGACAGAGGAGCCUGGCAGGCUACACACAGUCCAUAGGAUCACAAAGAAUUGGACAUAGAGACUGAACAACAGGUGACGUGUAUGCUCACUGAAGUUUGAGAAGCAGUGCUUUCAAAGAGACUUAGGAGCGUACUCAUUUUCACUAAAGUUCACUGGUUAACGAAUGAGUGUUGACUAGUGCUCUCUAGAACUAUUUGCUUUUCCUGGGACAAGAAGUCAUAGUCAAUGAACAGCAUCUCAUGGUGAAAACUCAAUCAUCAGACUAACUAGUGACUAUGACAGCCUCAUUGCUGGCUUCAGUCUUGUCCCUCUUCAAUGUACCCUCUCUACUGUGGCCAGAAUGACCAUCCGGAAUUGCAAAUCUGCCACAAAGUCUUAAAUGUUAUCCUAUGGCUCAUGAGAUUAAUUCCAGCCUCUAUAGCUUGGCUUUGAGGCCUUACCUGACCUGUUCCUCUCUUUUCCUCAGUGUCUUCCACUCCUCCCCCCAGCCUCUGAUUAUAAGCUCCACCAGACUCUGUCUCUUUCCACACAUAACAUACCUCUGAGCCUUUGUUUAUGCUAUUCCUCCUGCCUGGAAUGCCUUCUCCCAGUCUGACAAGUACUCUCCUACCCAUCCUUCAAUCCCCAGCUCUAAUGCCCCCUUCUCUAGAAAGUUAUUCCCCACACAGAAGCCACUGCUCUCUGGGUUCAACAAAGUCCUCAUUUGCGAACUUCGCUAGAACACAGCACACACCCGGUUGUCAUUUUCCGUUAGCCUGUCUCCCUCAUAUGUUUGGGAUCAACUUGAGGGGCAAAGAUCAGGUCUGAGUUAUUUCUGGAUUCUCACCAUGGAGAACAGAGCCAUGCCCAGCUUCAGUUCCAAAACCUAGGCCAGAACCCCCAGUUCUUGGCAGCCAGUUUAAAAAACUGGCUCCUCAUUCUCGCCUACUUUCUU